CGUUGAUCUAUUGGAGGGACAUCACGAUUGAAUGAGUCGUAACAAUGGUAUCACUUGGGACGUCCUGUGAACGAUCUCUUGCCGCCCAGAUUUUGCGAGAGUAGUUAGGAGGCCCACGGUCCGUGCCUACGCUUGGGAUGAUCAUAGCGAAUGCAUCUUCCAGACUCGCUGCCUGAUUGCAACGCUCGACAUGCUCAUCAACCUUCGCUCCUUCAGCUGGGAUGGCGAACGUCCUUCCCUCUCAUGCUCAAUACUCCAAGCGUUGUUUUCAGCUUCUGGGAAGACCUUGAAAGAGUUUUCUAUGACCACGUUAUCCGCACAAAUAGGAAGGGAAGGCAUCCCCUUGACCUCCACCCCGACGCGCCUUCAUACUUUGUUCAUCUCCCACGCGGGAAUUGGAGCUGACAUGCUCUCAAUUGAUGAACAGGCGGUGAACUCUAUGGCUAGGAUACUUGAAGCGAAUGCACACACCCUCGUUCGACUCACCAUUCUCAGCGACAUCCUCUGGCUCUGCUCCGUACCUUCUUUCGUCGGGCUGCGGGAGCUCGGAUUUGUGUUCACCGAAAAUUUCGACUAAC